AUGACGCCCCUGGCAUCUGAAUCCGAUGUUCAGUAUACCGUCUUCGUGCGACUGCCGUUUCCCCGAGGCGACUUUAUCGAUCCUCCUCCUGCAAACUGGAGUCUUGUCAAAGAUCGCGCGCUAUGGGAGAUUCUGUCACAGCCAUCUAAGGGCAAUGAUAUAGACUGGAAAGCAAUCGCCGAUGACUUCAACGUUACCCUCCCGUUCCUUCUCCAGCAGGCCGCGUGGCUCUACGAUCGACAACUAUCCCAAGUCCGAGCACAAAUGCUAAAGGUCGGCAAUACACAUUCGCAGUCAUCGUCUCCGACCCCGGGGCCAAUACUUGGGUCGGUUUCUGGGAGUGGUGCAUUAGGUGGACAAGCUAUGAGGAGAGUUGGCAGUGGCGGAUCCCGUGUCCCUUCGAGAUUAUCGGCUGUUCAGAAAGACAAUCAACCGUCAAGGGUGGACAGCAGUGGUUCCUCGACGAAAGCUCAGGCACCAUCCGUCCGAACAAAUUCCGCCAACACCGUUACUCAGACACCAGUAGCGACCGAAAGCAUAGAUAAACCGCCCCUGACAAAAACGUUAGCUGGCCGAGAUUUACCCCGACGCGAGAGGCCAAGUCUGGCUAUUCUUCAGAAAGCACCCCAAACAACGCAACAGGCCGACGAUAGCCCAUCAAUAUCAACCGAUUCUGAUACCGACUCUGAUCUAGGUGAUGAUGAUGACGAUGACAGUGAGGAUGAGAUGUUGACCAGUCGUCGACUGCCUGGUGUUCGUCGAUUCGGUAAAUAUUCUAUGCAUAAGCCUAGUUUAAGGGACGAUCUAGAUGACGACGACGACGAUGAUUCGCCUGCAUUUCUCCCCCUACCGCGCGAAAAUGAAUCUGGUGCUCAGCACAUGAACUCGACACUCCGCCAACAGAACAAUAUACCAGAAACGUCGCAAAGACAAAUGACAGGCUAUACCCCAUCACAUCGUCGUGAAUUAGUAAGUCUGGAUAGUUCAGCAAGCUCUGGCGUCGCCAUAGGUAGUCCGCGAGCCGGACCCCAGCGUCCAACAGAACCCCUGAGUCCGAGACGAGUUGCCCACCUGUCCCGGCAGAGUUCCAGACAGCAGGGAUCGGCGAAUCAAAGUAGUGAAGAGACGCCCAGCAUGGGCAGUAGUUUUAGUGACUUAGAUGAUGCGAGCGUCACACAAUCAGCGCUCGAAGAAGCUCUUUUGAGUAAUAUGCAGCAUGGAGGAAUGGCGAGUCGAAUGAGCACGAUCAGUCAAGCGCUGCGCAGUCGUUAUUUGUGA